GGGGGGGUGGACGAUGGCAGCUCAGGUCGCCCCCGCCGCCGCCAGCAGCCUGGGCGCCCCGGCUCCAUCCGAGCUGAAGAAAGCGGAGGCGCAGCAGCAGCAGCAGCGGGAUUGUCCCCCGGAGGAGGCGGGGGGCGAAGCGUCGGAGAAGCGUUCGGAAAGCGAAGAGACGGCGGGGAAACAAGAGCUUCAGGACGGUUCGGAAAGCAACGGAGGGGGCGAACCCGACCUGAAGAACUCGAACGGCAACGCGGGCGCCAGGCCCGGCGCCGCCACCCUGAACAAUGCCCUCCCGGAGCCGCCCGGGGGUGGCGGCGGCGGCGGCAGCGACGGGGCGGGGGCGUCGCAGCCGCCUCCCCCCGCGCUGCCCGCGGCCGCGCUGCCCCCGCCGCCCGCCUACGGGUUCGGGGCCGCGUUCGGCCGCGGCGCGCAGGCUGCGUUCCCCCAACAUGGCGGACAACAAAGCCCUGGCAUGGCAGCGCUGCAGAGCGGGGGCCUGGAGCAGCCCUACCCGCCGCCCCCUCCACCGCAGAACUCGCACGAGCACGGCUUCUCCUCCUCUUCUUCCUCCUCUUCUUCUUCUUCUUCUUCUUCCAACCACCAGUACAACUCUUACUACGCCGCCGCCGUCGGGCGCAGCGCCGCUUCCUACCCGCCUCCUCCUCCUCCUCCUCCUUCUUCCCACCAAGCCUACGCCCUGAGCUCCCCCCGGGGCUCCGCUCCGGUCGCCACCGCCAAGUCCCCGGUCGCUACCGCUUUCCAACAGCAGCAGCAGCAGCGCUUCGGGGGGAUGGGACCCUCCGGAGGAGGAGGGGGAGCCACCCCGCAGCCCACCGCCACCCCUACCCUCAACCAGCUCCUCACCUCCCCCAGCUCCGCCCGUGGCUACCAAGGGUACCCCGGGGGCGACUAUAGCGGCGGGCAGCAGGACGGGGCAGGAGGCGCCGCCAAGGGCCCGGCGGCCGCCGAGAUGGUCUCGCAGUACGGCGGGGGCGGCAGCCAGGGCUGGGCGCCGCCGCGGAGCCACCACGCGCCCGUCAGCCCCGGCGGCAGCGGACAGAGCCUCGCCCGGAGCCAGCAGUCUUCAAGCCCCAUGGAUCAGAUGGGGAAGAUGAGGCCUCAGCCGUAUGGAGGAACCAACCCCUACACACAACAGCAGGGACCUCAGGCGGGGCCACAGCAAGGACACGGCUAUCCAGGACAGCCCUAUGGGCCACAGACUCCUCAGAGAUAUCCCAUGGGAAUGCAAAGCAGGACACAAAGUACAAUGGGCAGCCUCUCAUAUGCACAGCAGAUUCCUCCUUAUGGACAGCAGGGCCCCAGUGCAUAUGGGCAGCAAAGCCAGACUCCCUAUUACAACCAGCAAAGCCCUCACCCGCAGCAGCAGCCUCCGUAUUCCCAGCAGCCUCCCUCCCAGACCCCUCACUCUCAGCCUUCAUAUCAGCAGCAGCAACAGCCUCAGUCUCAGCCUUCGCAACUUCAGACAUCGCAGCCUGCCUACUCACAGCAGCAGUCCCAGCCAUCCCAUCAGCAGUCCCCGACUCCGUAUCCCCAGCAGCAAUCCGCAGCCCAGCAGCAUCCUCAGAGCCAGCCUCCCUACUCGCAGCAGCAGUCGCAGUCACCCUACCAGCAGCAGCAGCAAACUCAGCAGACGGCUUCCUCGGUUCUUUCUCAGCAGUCAUCCUCAUACCCUCCGUCACAGGCACAGCAGCAGCAGUCUGCCUACUCCCAGCAGCGCUUCCCCCCUCCUCAGGAGUUAUCUCAAGACUCGUUUGGGUCCCAGGCAUCGUCUGCUCCCUCGAUGGCUUCCAGUAAAGGGCAAGAAGAUAUGAACUUGAAUCUUCAGUCCAGGCCUUCUAGCCUGCCGGAUCGAUUUCGGGUACGGGGACUACUGAGAAAGAAGACGGCGACCUCCACAUGGAGGUGGGCAGCAGAGACGUCUGGCGUCUUGCUCAGGAGAGGACGGGUUCUUGUUCUUUCAAGCCCAUCUGGCAUGAGAAGGCGGGACCUGUCUGGCUCAAUAGAUGAUCUCCCCAUGGGGACGGAAGGAGCCCUGAGUCCUGGAGUAAGCACGUCAGGGAUAUCCAGCAGUCAAGGAGAGCAGAGUAACCCAGCUCAGUCUCCUUUCUCUCCGCAUACGUCUCCUCACCUGCCAGGCAUCAGAGGACCCUCCCCAUCCCCGGUCGGGUCUCCUGCCAGCGUUGCUCAGUCCCGUUCGGGUCCGCUUUCACCUGCUGCAGUACCAGGCAAUCAGAUGCCACCCCGACCACCCAGCGGCCAGUCGGACAGCAUCCUGCAUCCUUCCAUGAACCAGUCAAGCAUAGCGCAAGAUCGAGGUUACCUGCAGAGGAACCCUCAGAUGCCCCAGUACAGCUCACCCCAGCCUGGCUCAGCCUUAUCUCCCCGUCAGUCUUCUGGAGGACAGAUGCACGCUGGAAUGGGGCCGUACCAGCAGAAUUCCAUGGGAAGCUACGGACCCCAGGGUGGGCAGUACGGACCUCAAGGAGGCUAUCCUAGGCAGCCAAACUACAAUGCGAUGUCCAAUGCCAACUAUCCCAGUCCGGGAAUGGGAGGAAGCCUGAACCCAAUGGGAGCAGGGAGCCAGAUGCACGGGCAGACGGGUGUGCCGCCAUACAGCGGGCUGCCUCCGGGGAGGAUGAGCCACGCUGCCAUGGGGAACAGACCCUACGGACCCAACAUGGCAAAUAUUCCGCCACAGGUGGGGACAGGGAUGUGCCCCCCGCCCGCUGGCAUGAAUCGCAAAGCACAAGAAGCAGCCGCCGCUGCCAUGCAUGCAGCUGCCAACUCCAUCCAGACCAGGCCUCCUGGUUAUCCCAACAUGAACCAAGGAGGAAUGAUGGGCACUGGACCUCCUUAUGGCCAAGGAAUUAACAGUAUGGCUGGCAUGAUGAACCCCCAGGGCCCACCCUAUCCGAUGGGUGGGAACAUGGCUAACAACUCCGCAGGGAUGGCGGCAAGCCCUGAAAUGAUAGGCCUUGGGGAGGUCAAGUUAACACCUGCAACUAAAAUGAACAAUAAGGCAGACGGGACGCCAAAAGCAGAAUCCAAGUCAAAGAAGUCCAGUUCCUCUACCACAACCAAUGAGAAGAUCACCAAACUCUACGAGCUGGGUGGUGAGCCAGAGAGGAAGCUCUGGGUAGAUCGUUACCUGGCCUUUACUGAAGAGAAGGCCAUGGGCAUGACAAACCUCCCAGCGGUGGGCAGAAAACCCUUGGACCUUUACCGGCUCUACAUCUCAGUGAAGGAGAUCGGAGGACUGACUCAGGUCAACAAAAACAAGAAAUGGCGUGAGUUAGCCACCAAUCUCAACGUGGGCACGUCCAGCAGUGCAGCUAGUUCUUUGAAGAAGCAGUACAUCCAGUGUCUGUAUGCCUUCGAGUGCAAGAUUGAGCGAGGUGAAGACCCCCCUCCGGAUAUCUUUGCAGCUGCCGAUUCAAAGAAGUCUCAGACGAAGAUCCAGCCUCCGUCUCCAGCGGGUUCAGGCUCAAUGCAGGGCCCUCAGACGCCUCAGUCCACCAGCAGCUCCAUGGCAGAAGGAGGAGACUUAAAGCCACCAACUCCAGCUUCUACGCCACACAGCCAGAUGCCCCCUUUGCCAGGCAUCAGGAGUAACUCGGUGGGCCUUCAGGAUGCCUUUGCUGAUGGUAGUGAUCCUACGUUCCAAAAGCGGAACUCCAUGACUCCAAAUCCAGGGUACCAGCCCAGCAUGAAUACCUCCGACAUGAUGGGUCGCAUGUCUUACGAGCCAAAUAAAGAUCCUUACAGCAGUAUGAGGAAAGCUCCAGGAAGUGAUCCCUUCAUGUCCUCAGGGCAGGGCCCCAACAGUGGUAUGGGUGACCCUUACAAUCGUGCUGCAGGCCCAGGGAUGGGUAAUAUGGCCAUGGGACAGCGGCAACACUAUUCCUACGGAGGUCCUUACGACAGAGUGAGGACGGAGCCUGGCAUGGGACCUGAGGGCAGCUUAGCAAGCGGAACUCCGCAGCCUAACAUCAUGCCUUCCACCCCGGAGUCAGGGAUGUACUCUCCCAGCCGCUACCCACAGCAGCAGCAGCAGCAGCAAAGACAUGAUUCCUAUGGCAAUCAAUUCUCCACUCAAGGCACAUCCUCCGGCAACCCCUUCCCUAGCCAGCAAACCACCAUGUAUCAACAGCAGCAGCAGAAUUACAAGCGGCCGAUGGACGGCAACUACGGCCCACCCGCCAAGAGGCACGAAGGGGAGAUGUACAAUGUCCCAUAUAGCGCGGGGCAGGGGCAGACGCCGCAGCAGCUGCCUCCAGCGCAGAGCCAGCAGCCGAGCCAGCAGCCAACGGCGCAGCCAUCUCCACAGCAGGACCUGUAUAACCAGUACGGGAGCACCUACCCUGCUGCUGACCGUCGCUCUGCCGGAGGGCCGCAGAACCAGUUCCCUUUCCAAUUCGGCAGAGACAGGGUCUCGGCUCCUCCAGGCUCCACUGCUCAGCAAAACAUGCCUCCUCAGAUGAUGGGAGGUCCCUUACAGUCUGCUCCGGAGGGCCCGCAGCAAGGCGCCAUGUGGCAAGGGCGUAACGAAAUAGGGUACAGCUAUCCAAACCGGCAGAGCACCGGCUCUGCGCCCCAGGGGCCUGCGUAUCACGGAGUGACUCGAACAGAUGAAAUUCUGCAUUCAGAGCAGAGGGUCAACCAUGAGGGACCAUGGCCUUCCCACGGGAACCGGCAGCCUCCGUAUGGUGGGCCCUCUGCCCCCGUGCCCCCCAUGACCAGGCCCCCCCAGUCUAACUACCAGGCCCCCCCCAGCAUGCAGAAUCACAUUCCUCAGGUAUCCAACCCAGCACCUCUGCCCAGACCUCUGGAGAAUCGCACUUCUCCCAGUAAAUCUCCAUUCCUGCACUCGGGGAUGAAAAUGCAGAAGGCAGGACCGCCAGUCCCCGCCUCGCACAUAACACCAGCAGCUGUACAGCCUCCCAUGAUCCGACGAGACAUCACCUUCCCUCCGGGAUCAGUAGAAGCGACACAACCUGUAUUGAAGCAGAGGAGACGGCUGACAGCAAAAGAUAUUGGAACUCCUGAAGCCUGGAGAGUGAUGAUGUCUCUGAAGUCUGGGCUGUUAGCUGAAAGUACGUGGGCCUUAGAUACCAUAAACAUCCUGCUCUAUGAUGACAACAGCAUAAUGACCUUCAACCUCAGCCAGCUGCCAGGCUUGCUGGAACUCUUGGUGGAGUAUUUCCGGCGCUGCCUGAUCGAGAUCUUUGGAAUCCUGAGGGAAUAUGAAGUGGGAGACCCAGGGCAAAGAACACUAUUAGAUCCCGAAAGGUUCUGCAAAUCUUCAGCUUCUUCUCAGGAAGAAGGGGAGGAGGAUGAUGAACCACGGAGCCUGAACUGUGAGGAUGAAGAAGAGGAUGAGGAAGAAGAGGAGGCUGCGUUUUCCAGCAAGGACAAAGCCCCUCUAGAGAUCAAUGAGGAAAAACUAGUGAGUAAAUUUGACAAGCUUCCAAUCAAGGUCGUGCACAAAAACGACCCGUUUGUGGUAGAUUAUUCAGACAAGCUGGGGCGAGUGCAGGAGUUUGAAAGCGGGCUGCUGCACUGGCGGAUCGGCGGUGGGGACACCACCGAGCACAUCCAGACCCACUUUGAGAGCAAGAUGGAGCUACCUUUGAUUCACAAACGAGCUUCCUGCAACUCGGUCUCAAGGAAACGUUCAGCAGCUGAGAGCAAUCCAAGCACUAGGGAAGGAGAAAAUCCUCCCUCCGACAGUUCCUCGGAGAAGAGGAUAACUGCCACCAUGGACGAUAUGCUUUCAGCGCGUCCGGGCUCCCUGUCUGGGGAGGAGGAAGAGGUCAAAGCUUUGGAAACGGAGAAGGAAAGCAAGUUUCCCUUUGGCAUUAGUCCGGCUCAGAGCCACAGGAACAUCAAAAUCCUGGAGGAUGAACCUCACAGUAAGGACGAGACGCCGCUCUGCACCAUCCUGGACUGGCAGGACUCUCUGGCAAAGCGCUGCAUCUGCGUCUCGAACAUCAUCAGGAGUUUAUCGUUUGUGCCGGGCAAUGACUUUGAAAUGUCCAAACAUCCCGGGCUGCUGCUGAUUCUAGGGAAGUUGAUUCUCUUACACCACAAGCACCCAGAACGCAAGCAGGCACCCCUGACCUACGAGAAAGAGGAGGAGCAGGACCAAGGGGUGAGCUGCAACAAGGUGGAGUGGUGGUGGGACUGCUUGGAGAUGCUGCGUGAAAAUACACUGGUCACACUCGCCAACAUUUCUGGCCAGCUGGACCUCUCCCCUUACCCGGAAAGCAUCUGUUUGCCGAUCCUGGAUGGACUCCUCCAUUGGGCGGUGUGUCCAUCCGCAGAGGCCCAGGACCCCUUCCCGACACUGGGGCCCAACGCUGUCCUCUCCCCUCAGCGACUGGUUUUGGAAACACUCAGCAAACUCAGCAUCCAGGACAACAAUGUGGAUUUGAUUCUUGCAACUCCCCCUUUCAGUCGCUUGGAGAAGCUGUACAGCACCCUGGUGCGGUUCCUUAGUGACAGAAAGAACCCGGUGUGUCGAGAGAUGGCUGUGGUACUACUGGCCAACUUGGCACAGGGGGACAGCCUGGCAGCAAGAGCGAUUGCUGUGCAGAAGGGCAGCAUUGGCAACUUGCUGGGCUUCUUGGAGGACAGCCUGGCCGCCACGCAGUUCCAGCAGAGCCAGGCCGGUUUGAUGCACAUGCAGAACCCACCCUUUGAGUCGACGAGCGUGGACAUGAUGCGCCGAGCCGCUCGGGCGCUGCUCGCCCUGGCCAAGGUGGACGAGAACCACUCGGAGUUCACGUUAUACGAGUCGCGGCUGUUGGACAUCUCCGUGUCGCCUUUGAUGAACUCUUUGGUUUCACAAGUGAUUUGUGAAGUACUGUUUUUAAUUGGCCAGUCAUGACAGCUGUGGGAUCCGAGACCCCGUGUGCGUGUGCGUGAGUGGAGAACUUAGAAACUGACUGUUGCCCUUUAUUUAUGCAAAACCACCUCAGAAUCCACUGUCUGCCCUGCGCUGUCCUGCUUCUCCCUUGGGGAAAGACCUUCCCCCUUCCCUCUCCCUUUCCCCUGCCCUUCAAAUUUGUCCUGAAUCCCUUAUUAAAGGAGACAAAGUUCUGUCUACAUAGAAGACUUUUUUUUAUUUUAACCAAAGUUACUGUCGUUUACAGUGAGUUUGGGGAAAAAAAAACGACUUGCCCUGUUAUCCCAUUGACAGGCACCGCUUUCCUAACUGUUUUUAAUGGUAAACUCUGAAGGACAAAAGUGACUGCUGAACUCGGUGUGGUUUUAUCGCUGUACAUUCACAAUCUUGCAGGAACCAAGACGUUACCGGUGGUGAACAGACCUUGUCCGAGGGAGGCCUGUGCAGUAGCGUGUAGAACUCCAUGUACUGUACACCUUAAACUGUAAACAUACUGUAAUAAUGUCUCACAUGGAAAAAAAAAACAAAACAAAAACCGCUGGAUCAGCAGCAAGCUGUAGUUUUUAAAGAUGUUUUUAGUUAAUGUUGAGGAGAAAAAAAGAAAAAAAAGGCUUUUCCCCCAAAGUAUCAUGUGUGAACCUACAACACCCUGACCUCUUUCUCUUCUUCCUCCUUGAUUGUAUGAAUAACCCUGAGAUCACCUCUUAGAACUGGUUUUAACCUUUAGCCGCAGCCCGAGCGCUGCCACGUGUGUAUAUAUCUAUGACGUUGUACAUUGCACAUCCCCUGAGAUCCCCUGCAGUUUUGUCCCCCUCUCCUCCCCCUUUAUAGUAUGACGAGUUACCGAGUUGAUGACCUGCAAAAGCGAGACACAAUUAUUUAAUCUCUUGCCAGACAUCCCUCCCUGGAGGAUGCUGUACAGGUCUCUGUGUAUAAAGUCAUUGCUGUCUCAGCAGCCAAUCAACUGAUAGUUUAUUUUUUUCCUGGUUUUUGUUUUCUUUCUAAUCGAGGUGUGAAAAAGUUCUAGGUUCAGUUGAAGUUCCUGAUGAAGAAACACAAUUGAGAUUUUUCAGUGAUGAAUUCUGCAUAUUUGUAUUUCAGACGAUGUAGCUAAAAACUUGAUGUAAAUUCCUCCCUUUUUUCCUUUUUUGGCUUAAUGAAUAUCAUUUAUUCAGUAUGAAAUCUUUAUACUAUAUGUUCCACGUGUUAAGAAUAAAUGUACAUUAAAUCUUGGUAAGAUGU